AAAAGUGAACAACUAUGAGUGACAGUCCAAACAAAAACACAGGUAUCUACCAUUCAAUCAAGGGUAACAUUGUUGAAUCUGUUGGUACAGCAACAGGAAGUGAAGAAUGGAAGAAAUCAGGACAACAAGAGCAUGUUGAUGGUGAAGCAGAGCAGAAGGCAGCUGAAAUCAAGGAUAAGGCAGAGGGUGUAUAUGACCAAGUAGCUGGUAGAGUAUCAAAUAUUAAAGCAGCCGUAACAGGUGACAAGUCAGGCCAAGUUGAAGCUGCUGCUAGGGAAGAAUCAGGCAAAGCAGCUCAAAAGGACGCGUAAAUUUGAUUUAAAUAUUUUCUUUGUUUCUUUGAUACAUCGGUUAUCAAAUAAUGAAUGUUGGCUUGAAUAUACCACUCUUAACUCAAAUACACGCUAAACCUAAAGAAUAUGAAGCCAAAAUAAACAACGACUAUUCUGAUAGCUUUAAAGACUACAAUGUUGGAUUAAGCAUUGAAACAAUCGAUAUUGACGAUAGUGAUGAGAGUGCUGAGAGCAAAUCAUUCCGUCAGGAAGACAACUACAGUCAGGAUGACGAAUUAGCUAACAGAUCUGUUUCGAAACCACAUUU